GGGAAAAUGGUUUAUCCUUUAAGGGCACAUCUUCAAAAGGCAGUCCCCUUUCCAGUUUCUACCCCAGAUUCUCAGUCUCCCCACCCUUCACUUUUCUCGUAAACUUCACCAUUGAAGAUAUACCAGAACGAACCCCCCUUAACAAAGAAAGGAGAGAAAUGCUGUCAAGAGCCAAUAGCAUGGUGUGGGUAGAUGGGGGAGAGGAUGAACAAACUGGUUCCUGGGCACUGAAUAGCAGCUCCACAAAUGGCAACCCCCACAGUGGAUUAGCCGGCAAAGAUGAAAUGGAGAUGGAGACCAUCAGGUCCAUGCUGGAAUCCCAAGAAGUGGAUUGGUACAUGGCCAGCAGCCAACACCAUGCUGCACCAGCCACCAUGCAAGGCGGCGGCCAUGGAGACAUCUCAUUCUCUCCUUCAUCUUCUUCUCUGUUCAACACCUUUGACCCCUCUCAGAUAAACUACUUCUUCUCCCCCAAACCCACCGUUUUGAACCCUCCUCCCAUGGAUCAUAAUGGGUUUAAUUUGGGGUGUGAGGGUUUGUUUCUGGAAACCCAACAACCUUUGUCUGGUUUGGAUGGUGGGUUCGGGGAUUUCACCCCUCCGAACGUGAAUUCCCUUCCUCAAUUCAGCUCAACCGCCCCCUUUCUCAACAAUGGUGGAGGGUUUGUUGGUCCAAUAGGGUUUGGUGAGGGGAACUCCAGUGAGAAUGCUUUGUUGUUUCAUAGCGGCAGGUCCAAGCUGUUAAGGCCGCUUAAUAAUCCUGGUUCAAUUGGGGGACAACCCACCCUCUUCCAGAAGAGGGCUGCUUCUCUUAAGAAGAACCUUGUUUCGAUUGGCCAGACUUGUAGCAUUAGUCUUGACAGCUUUGAUAAGAAAAGGAAAGGGAACAUUGGGGAGGAGGAUGAAGUGGAGGAUGAUGAUGGUGGGUCGACUUUUAUAUAUGAUUCUGAUGAAGGUGCUAAGAAGAGUGCUGGAGAUGGCACUGUCACUGGAGGUGACCAGAAAGGUAAGAAGAAGAAAGGGCUCCCGGCCAAGAAUUUGAUGGCGGAAAGGCGCAGGAGGAAGAAGCUCAAUGAUAGACUUUACAUGCUUAGGUCCGUUGUCCCAAAGAUUAGUAAGAUGGACAGGGCUUCGAUAUUAGGGGAUGCAAUCGAAUACUUGAAGGAACUUCUGCAAAAAAUCAAUGAUCUCCACAAUGAGCUGGAGUCUACUCCACCUUCCUCAGCAUUAACCCCUAACACAAGCUUCUACCCUUUGACCCCAACUGCUUCUUCAUUACCCUUCCGCCUCAAAGAAGAAAUCCUUCCAAGCUCAUUUACAAGCCCGCUGUCAAGUCCUACUGGACAGCCUGCAAGGGUUGAAGUAAGGGUUAGAGAAGGAAAGGCGGUGAAUAUCCAUAUGUUAUGCAGCCGCAAACCAGGCCUAUUACUCUCAACAAUGAAAGCUCUUGACAACCUUGGUAUAGACAUCCAACAGGCUGUCAUUAGCUGCUUCAACGGGUUUGCCUUGGAUAUCUUUCGAGCAGAGCAAUGCAAGGAAGGUCCAGAUGUCCAUCCUGAUCAAAUCAAAGCUGUACUUAUGGACUCAGCAAGCUUCAAUCGGAUGAUCUAAUAAGCUUUGGAGGAGCCAGUAGAAUAUUUUCUGAUGCAAGUCACAGGCAUCUUUGUUGUCCAGAUCAUCUCGCUGUUCCUCUUAGUCUGCAUAACCUCUGUAGUUUCAACAUUUCAGCUUAGCACCUUAGCUUCAACCAUUUAUAUGUUUCGUCUUUUCCCGAUAGGAACGCCAUUGUUAUUUGUUUUGUUAGUUCUGGAAACUGAGCAUGUAGAAUAUUACUAUUCUUACCUGGUUUUAAGCCGCUUUCUCGAAAGAUUUGUUCGAUGAC